AUAAGAUGACGUUAAUUUCUUCUUAAAAAAAGACUUGCAAAACGACUAAAACACUCUAUAGACAUUUUGUGACGGAAAAUGAAGUUAUCCUGUUGUGUUUUGAUUUUAAUUCAGCUGGUCUCGCCGGUCAGCUGCCAGAUGUUUAGCAGGCGCGGUUUUUAUCAGGAAGGGUUCCAAUCAUCUGGAUUCAGUCCAUUUGGUUUCGGUGGCCAUCCGUUUGUAGGCGGAGGAGGGGGUCACGGCGGUGGAUACCAUGGGGGACAUUCCCAUACACAUGUGCACCAUCAUGGAGGAGGAGGAUUUGGUGGAGGGUUCGAUGGAGGGUUUGGAGGAGGAGGAGGAAUAACCAUAAGAUCAAGAGACGUUGGUGCAGGUGCUGUUGGGUUCAUCCUUGGGACAUUACUGAACAGAAAUUGAUAAAAGGACAACCGUGAAGGUGACAAUUCUCAUAAAGUGCCAUAAUCGUGAACAGACUUAGAAACUUAAACAGACCUAAAAUCUUUAACAGACUAGUGUUUGAAAGCAUUAUUGAAGCAGUAAUAAAU